CGAACUGCUCACGACAAGGAGACCCAGGCGCAGGCGUCUGACGUCAUGGCGAUCACCGGCGGUCUGAGCGAUGGAGUUGAUCAGCAGGCGCUCAAGUCGCAGAUCAAAAGACAGCACGAGGCCGAGAAGCAAAGAGAAGCAGCCAUCUAUCAGAGGGAGAUCAAGCAGCGAGAAAGCGACAUAGAGGCCAUCACUGGAAAGCCUUUGGUGCACAAGACGGUUAGGAAGCCCUCGCCAAAGGUCAAGAUCGUCCACGCGGUGGCAGACCAGCAUGAUCACGAAGCUGUAAGCCCAGCCCAUCCUGUGCCGACAGUCAACAACUCCUCAGAGAGCAACUCAACAAGUGCAUCUCUGCCACCUCCUCUUAUGUCCUCACCGAACGUGACAUCACCAAGCUUGCAUCAAAUUCCGCGCGCGAAGGCGCUCAAGGUUGUCUCCUCUUCGCUCUCUCUCCAUUCAGAGCCAAAGCACCAAAAGGUGUCCGGAGGAGGCAAGAUCGUCUCGCCAAAGUCGUCGUCAGCUGUCGUUCCUCCAGCUGCAGGCAAGCUGGCGUCAAAGGCCGCAACGAAGUCUCCGCAUGAGGUGACGUCAACGGUCGGAGCUGCAUCCGCCAGCCACUAGAAGUUUUUGAAAUUUUAUUUUCCUUUUUCAGUGUCAAUUUAUAUCUCAGUUUCUGCAUGUUGAAAUGAACCUUUGCUCCUUACCA